AUGCAUUUUUCGACUUAUAUUCAUUUAAGUAAUAUUAUAAAUUCAUCUGUUUCAAAUUUAUACCAAAAUCGUAGUUUUUCUAAAGAUAUAAAUCAGAAUGAUGUUAAAGAUUCGGAAUGGUAUUCUUAUUAUAAGAAAACAGAAGAAAUUAUGUCUAAUAUAGAAAUUGAUAUGGAGCUUCAUGAAUUUAUUGAAAAAUCAAUAUUUGAACCUUUUAAAAAACAAUUAUUAGAAAGCAAAAUUAAUAAAGGAGUACAGGAACAUCCUGUCUUUCAGUCGUACUCUUUGUUGCUUCGGAAAGCAAUGGAAAUAUUUCGAUUAGAGUUUCGAGAUUAUGUAUCUGUGAUCACAAUAUUUGAACGUAUUAAAAGUUAUGGUCCAGAGUCAUUUGUUAUGGGGUGUUCAUCUGAUGUAUAUAAUGAAGUGUUAACAGCACGAUGGGAAGGAUGGUAUGACUUGUUUGAAAUUGAAAAUCUUUUAAAAGAAAUGAAAAUGAACUGUAUUAUAAGAACAAAAAAAACUUUAGAAAUUCUUGAAAAAAUUAUACAAGAUCUUCAAAAUAUACAUUUUCAGAAACAGCUUGCAAAUGAUGUUUUUUUAUCAAAUAAUAACGGCACAUGUCUUGAGCGUUUAAAUAUCAUAUAUAAGGAAAUUUCAGAAGAAGUUUCUAAGGAAAAUAUAUGA